AACUAGUGGUCUAAAUUUUAAGAAGAUACAAAGUGAGUCUAUGCAACUUGCUUUUUUUCCCCCACAAAGUCGAAACCUCAUUCUGCAGUGACAUGGCCACUGUUGCAGCAAGAGGAAUUGGCAUAGGAGUGAACAAGCUCCACCCUCAUAAUUCCUCAAAACCCACAUCCCCAUUUCUCGGCAAGAGACUCAGAAUCAAACCCACUUCUGAAUCACAACACACUGCAAGAAUCACCAGCUCAAACCCAAAACCAUUGCUAGUUUUUGCAGCUGGAGGUGAGCUGAUCAAUGCGGCUCAUGACCUCUUUGUGGGUGUGGGAGUGGGGCUACCAUGCACUGUUAUGGAGUGUGGUGAUAUAAUAUAUAGAAGCACUCUUCCUAAGUCCAAUGGCCUCACACUUACGACCCCUGGUGCUGUUUUGGCUCUGGGAGCUCUGUCUUACCUCUGGGCCACACCUGGAGUGGCCCCUGGCUUCUUUGACAUGUUUAUACUUGCUUUUGUUGAGAGGCUAUUCAGACCCACUUACAGAAAGGAUGAUUUUGUUCUGGGGAAGAAGUUGGGAGAGGGUGCUUUUGGAGUGGUUUAUAGAGUUUCAUUGGCCAAGAAGCCUUCAUCCAAGAAGGACGGUGACUUAGUCUUGAAAAAAGCUACUGAAUAUGGUGCAGUGGAAAUUUGGAUGAAUGAGCGUGUUCGAAGAGCUUGUGCAAACAGCUGUGCUGAUUUUUUAUACGGCUUUCUUGAGACUUCUCCAAAGAAAGGUGCUGAAUAUUGGCUUUUAUGGCGGUUCGAAGGGGAAGCGACACUUUCAGAUUUGAUGCUAAGUAAAGAGUUCCCCUACAAUGUAGAAACAAUGAUCACUGGAAAGGUCCAGGACUCACCUAAGGGUUUGGAAAGGGAGAAUAGAAUCAUUCAAACAAUCAUGAGACAGCUCUUAUUUGCACUGGAUGGCCUUCACUCGACAGGGAUUGUACAUCGGGACAUUAAGCCACAAAAUAUUAUUUUUUCUGAAGGUUCUCGUACAUUCAAGAUAAUUGAUCUUGGAGCUGCUGCUGAUUUGCGAGUGGGCAUAAAUUAUAUUCCAAAGGAGUUCCUUUUGGAUCCAAGAUAUGCUGCACCAGAGCAAUACAUCAUGAGCACACAAACCCCAUCUGCACCGUCAGCUCCAGUUGCAACUGCACUUUCCCCAGUCCUAUGGCAGAUGAAUCUGCCUGAUAGAUUUGACAUCUACAGUGCCGGUCUCAUAUUCCUACAAAUGGCAUUCCCAGCAUUACGCACGGACAGUGGCCUCAUCCAAUUCAAUCGUCAGUUAAAGAGAUGUGACUAUGACUUGGAUGCAUGGAGAAAAAGUGUAGAGCCUCGUGCUGGCCUUGAACUGCGAAGGGGAUUUGAGUUGUUGGAUUUAGAUGGUGGAAUAGGAUGGGAACUUCUGACUUCAAUGGUUCGUUACAAAGCACGACAAAGAACCAGUGCAAAGGCGGCUUUAGCUCAUCCCUAUUUUGACAGGGAAGGCCUAUUGGUUCUUUCCUUCAUGCAGAAGCUGAGGCUGCAAUUCUUUCGAGCAACACAACAGGACUAUGGGGAAGCUGCCAAGUGGAUAAUUCAGCUAAUGGCAAAAUCAGGGACCAAGAAAGAGGGUGGCUUCACUGAAGCUCAGCUUCAGGAUCUAAGAGAAAUUCAGCCCAAGGGCAAGAAGAAAGCAAGUCCACAGAGGAAUGCUCUUGCUUCAGCCCUUAGGCUCCAGAGGAAGGUUAUAAGAACAUUGAAUGAGAGCAUGGAUGAGCUUAACCAGCGCAGGAAGAGCCUAUGGUGGAGCAGAUGGAUCCCCAGAGAGGAAUGAAGUUCGUAAAUACAUAUAUACUUCUUUUUUCUUUUCUUUUCUUUUCUUUUUCUAUGUAUAGUACAUCCAUGUUUACAAAAUAUCUUGGUGGGAUAGAGUUGAAGGAAAUUAGCUGGAAUCUUUAUUUGAGCACACGUUUAAUUAAGCACCUGCAUUAUGGAUUAUUAUUUAUUAUUA